CUAUCUUUUUGCUGUUUGUCACUUCGACCCACAAUCUCAUUGCUUAUUAUGGGGCGAAAUGGUAUUAUUAUUAUUCGUGAUAGCGGUACAACAAUAACAUGGCGAGCUGCGAUGGAACCGGCGCAAAAGUAGUGAAGAAAAGACGACCUGGGAACACGAAUGUUUUGGAAUGCAGCGUGUGUGAGGAUGUCUUUAGUUUCCAAGGUGAGAAGGUGCCACGCCUUCUCCUGUGUGGCCACACCCUCUGCCAUGAGUGUCUGACACGCCUGUCCCCACAUGGUCGAACCCUGCUCUGUCCAUUUGACAGACAGCCUACUGAGUUGGGGGACUCUGGAGUGUGGGGACUGAAGAAGAACUUUGCCCUUUUGGAGCUACUUGAGAGGCUUCAGCUGGCUAGGGAGGGUGUUAGCAGUGCUGGUGCAUGGCCAGAUAACAGGCAGUCCACAGGAUUGAAGAGCUGUAUCCCCUGCGAUGAGAAUGAGGACCACAUCGCUUCAAUCUACUGUACUGUGUGCAGCACCCACCUAUGUGCUGAGUGUUCCCACGCCACACACUCCACUCGCACCCUGAUCAAACACAAACGCAUCCCACUAUCAGAGAAACCACGAGAGCGACCCAGCUGUCCACACCACCAGCCCCACCUGGUAGAGUUUGUGUGUAUGGAGACGGGGUGCCAGGCCAACCCCUUAAUGUGUUUUGUGUGCAAGGAGUAUGGUACCCACAGGGGCCAUAAGCACACAUUACUGCAACAAGAGGCAGAGGGGCGACGUAGCUCCAUCAUUGACGUAGCCCAGCGGGUACGUCCCUUCACAGAAGAGGUAUCAGAGGUGGCUCGACGACUAUCAGAGGUCAUCCAGCAAAUAGAAGGAGGCGUACAAGUGGUUGAAGAUUUGGAUGGCAUUGCUGAACCAAGACAUAUUCCUGGCACAGCCCAGAUGUCGCGAGCCAAGGUUCACCAUUAUUUCCAGGAACUCCAUGAAACCCUUCAGCAUCAAGAGGAGGUGGCAAUGAACGUAGUCGAUGCCCAUGUGAGGGAGAAGUUAUACCUACUACGACAGCAGCAGGAGAAUUUGGCUGUCAUGCUUACCACAAUCAACAGCAUGUGUGUGGAGUGUGAGCGCUGUGUGCAGCAGGAUGACGCCAGAGUGAUUGGUGCCAAACAGCAGGUGACUGCCUUACAGGAGACACUACAGAGCCAACAGCUGCAGUUUACUGACAUGCAGGAACACCUACAGCUAGACGCAAGCAUCCCAGUCACGUUCACUAAGGACAACCGAGUACACAUUGGUCCCAAGAUGGAAAUGAGAGUAGUGGUCCUAGGACUUGACAAUGCGGGAAAAACAACCAUUCUCUUCAAACUCAAGCAGAAUGAGUUUAUCCAGACCAUACCAACAAUCGGUUUCAAUGUGGAAACCGUAGAGUACAAGAAUGUAAAGUUCACUAUUUGGGAUGUAGGAGGGGACACGAAGCUCAGACCAUUGUGGAAACAUUACUACUUCAAUACCCAAGCUCUCUUGUUUGUGAUUGACUCUACUGAUGCAGACAGGCUGGAUGAGGUCUAUGAUGAAUUGGCGGUGCUCAUGUCAGAAAAACAGCUGAAAGACUCAUUACUACUCAUCUUCGCAAAUAAACAAGAUAGCCCACAAGCCCUCAGUGUUGACACCCUUGCAGAACGACUCGGACUACACAAGCUUUGCUGUGGCCGCAACUGGUGCAUUCAACCCAGCGAUGCACAGACCGGAGCCGGACUACUGGAAGGGCUGGACUGGUUGUCACGGCAACUGAUUGCUGCAGGGGUGGUUGAUCUUGCCUGAAUUUCUUUUUUUGCUCAGUAAGAUUUUAUGUCUCUAUGCAUGAUGCUGUGUGAGCAUCAAUGUCUUUUUUUAUGAUUUUGUUUCUUCACAGAGGUCUGUUAAAAUCAAACAUUAAGGUGAGUAAUAACUUAGCUUCCCCUUUAAUGCCAACCUAUCUCAAACUCAAAUCAGCUCUUUACAAAAACUUGUACCACUGCAAAGGAUACAGGGUACGGUAUCCUCCUGCAUUCUAGAGUGUGGUGCAGCAUAGCCAAAUAUCUCUCUUUCUCUGACACCUAUGUCAUCUCUUCAAAAAAACUUUUCAAUGAUUUCUUUUUUUAUUUUAGAUAUUUUAUUAUGCUUUUUAAUUGCUGAAAGUAACUAUUUAUUGAUUGUUUUCACAGCAGAUUUUUCUUUUCUGUAUAUUUUGUUGAUCUGCAUUAAAUUAUAGUAGUGUCCAAUAACGUCGGUGUUAGACUAUCAGCUGUAUGUGCGUUGUAAAGGUUGCAUUACAAAUAAAACUUCAUUAUGUAAAUAUAAAAGUACAUAGAGAACACACUACAUUGUAGCACUAUAAUUGACAGAUUUGCAGACGCAGGUAAGUUUGGCUGAGCGCUCAAUUCUCUGGUCAUAUUGAGCAGAAAGAAAUGUAUUUGCUCAAUUCUCUGCUCAUAUUAUAUUGAGCAAUGUGCUCAGCAAGGUUUAAUAAAUAAAGCCUGUUACAUUAACCUUGAAUCAACCCGUUCUCUUGAUAUGGAUCUGGCUAUGUACAGUUUUUCAAAUGCGUAAUAUGUUGUUAUGCAUUUGGCAAAGUAUUCUAAAACAUCGUACAUGUGCAAACGCCAUUCGACAACGAAGUACAGUCAUGCAGUAUGAAAUGAAUUAUGUAUUAUAUCGUGUGGUUAAUAUGUAUUACGUGUAAUCAUUGCAUACAUGUUUAUGUAAUAUACAUGCAAAGUAUUCAUAUUUGUGAAUAGGUAUUUGAAGUAUAUCAUAAUUAUAUUCUCCGGAAAACAACGAAGCUUCUCUAAGUAAUUAAAUUGCAAUGGCACAGCAGCGUCGAACUACUUGAUUUAACAACAACAACGACAUGUUCAAUUUCUUAUACGACGAAGGUUAAGACAAAAAUAGAUUUGUUUCUGCUUAAAAGGAUGUAAAUGAUGUAGCGCCUUGAGCACCAAUAAUGGUGGAUAAGUGCGUUUUAUAAAUACCCAUUACUGCUAUUAUUAUCAAAUGCCGUAAAAUAUAAUCUGCUCUGUUAGGAGUACAAAGUUGUCAUCGUUUUAAUAUAUUGUUUUUACAAGUUUGAGCCAAUCUAAAUAUCGGACAUCAAAUGUGUUCCUUGUCAUCAGCCCCGUGACUUUUUUGUGCACUUUUGUGGCGAGCUACUAUUUUGUGUAAAUGUAAUGCACGCCGAUGUUCCUUUUAAUAUAUUUGAGUAGUGAUGUACCAACGCAAACAAGCUGUUAAAAUAACCGAUAAACGUUGAUUCCAUGUUUCAGCGACA